AAGUAGACACCAGAAAUCUUAUUUGAAAUCUGUAGUGAGAUCUGAUUUAUAAGAUUUAUUUUGACAUAUACAAUGCAGCAAUACAAUUAUAUAUUAAUCUUUCAUUCAUUCCAAAUAGAACUCUGCCUAAAUAUUACCAAUUGAUUUGAGGCUGAAUGAUUGAUAUGUAUUACCUAAAAACAAUAUGUGGUGGGUCAAGUCUAAAUCGAAAGUAGGUCAAAAUGGCUGGUGGAGGAAAUAAAUAUCGGAAAAGAGAGAAAAGAAAUGCACAUCUCCAGCAACAGAGAAAAGGUGGUUUUGAUCCAUUGGCUAAGUGGCACUACUUGCAGGAUGCUGCACAUGCCUUCAGUCAGCAGAAUCUCAUCUGGGUGGCAUCAUCAGGUUUUCUCAUUUACUACACUGAAAUUAUAAGCACUGUAAUGUACAACGAACAAAUAAAUAGGACAUGGCUGUAUGUAGGGGCUGGUCUUUUUAGUGCAACAGUUGCUAUAGCGAUAUACUUGUGUCACUGGGUAACAGGAAAAUAUGGGGUACCACCAGAUGACUGGAUGAAAACUAAUCCACAACUUAUACCAUUAGCCAUUGUAUGUUUUCUGUCCAGCUGUAUAAGUAUAACUGUUAGUCUGUGGCCUGUAUGGAGUUACUACACACCUGGAAUGCUAUUUGUUUAUGUGAUGGGACUUAUAUCAGUAAUUUAUAUAAUUCCUGGACUUGACCAACAAAUACGAGACAGAUUAUAGCCUCAGUACAAGUACAGGGUGGUCCAAAAAAAUAAGAUGCACAUGUUACAAUGAAACAAGGAUAUUCUGUUGAUAACAUCAUUCUGUGAACAAAUACACCAGACUGCAAGAGCAGCAUAUAUAUACUCAAUCAUGAUACAAGGGAUUGUUAAAUGAUUCCAAUCCCCUGCAAUUUGUUACACAACAGGUCAUCCUCAUCACCACAUUCAACACAUUAUACUCUAACAGUAUACAAUAGGAAGUUAGUUGUACUGUUGUGAAUAGAUCUAGUGAAAAUUAGCAAUUUUCAUUUUAGAUGUUUACUUCUUAAAGGAGUAUCAAAGUCUCGGGAAGAGUUGGGAGUAACUUUC